UCUUGUGUCAUAGGAAGACAUGUUAUGCAUUGGAGAGGUUUUUGCUGGUUGGUUAGCAGUGUAAAAUGAAGACUCUGUGGCUGUGAUGGUGAUGAUGGCGAUGCUCAAAUUCAUCGUCAUAGAAGGAUUUAUUUUCAUCCGCUCCUAAGUGAGCGUUUACACUUACAAGUCAGCCAAAGCCUUUUGCAAUGACCAAUGAGAGCCAAAACGCAUUACAGGAUUUUGUAGUGAGCCUCAAUAAAGGGAAAGGUUAUUUUUCUUGGAAAACAUCAUAUCUCUCCAGUGGUUUAGUCCUCUAAUCUAAAAAGUUUGUUUGGUGUUUCCCGUGCCUCGUAGACCACAUGACAGUGAUGACACAAUGUCAAUGCACAGGUAAGUGUACAGCAAGGGUAUAAGUUGAAACAACAGAGUCAAACUGUGUAACCCAGUAUCUGCCAUAUACUGCAUGUACUUCCUCUGUAAUUCUAUUUGCACACACAUUACUUCCUUAGAAUGCAUGUAACCGCUCUGACCUCCCCUGCACCUCUUCGAGUGCUGUCGUUAGGACCCAAGAACUGUUCUAGUAAUAUUUCAAAUAUUUUACCCUGAACCUUGACUUCCCAGGUUGAUAGCAUACCCAACCAGUAUUCAGUGGUGACAGGCACGAUGAAGUCCAGGUUGUUUUACAUCAUGGUUCUGCUCACAGGACGUCUCACUAUGAACGAAGGAAACAAAUAUUCGUGCUCCAACGACACUCAAGUUCUGUCUAACGUUCCGCCUGUAGUCGAUGUGGAUGAUGCAAGAUGCUGGAUGGAAGCUGUCAAUGAGCAGUUUAAGACGGAGAACCUCAGCACUAUUAUUAAAUCUGUGAAGAAACUAGAAAUGUUACUUGAAAACACAGCUUUGAAUGAGACAACUUCAAUCAUUGUUGAGAGGCUUGUGGCUCACAUAUUCAGGGCCGAGGGCCACUUUACAGGGCUUAAUAUAUCUGCCAGCCAAGAAUGGGUAACAUCAGACAGUGACCAUGUGGCCAACACUACCGUCAAGGUCCACCUGCCCAAAGAGCUCUUGAAAACCAACGAGAACAAUACCAUUGUCUUCUGCAUGAUUACCUCACCAGAAAAAUAUGGGCAAUUGGGGAUUCUUGAUGGCCGAAUAGUAGGUCUGGCUGUAAGCAAGAAGACAGUGUUCGGUCUGCAGGACAAGGUCAACUUCUCCAUGCCUCUACAGCGCCCCACGCUGGAAAGUCAGGCUGACAAACAACCAUCUUGUCAAUUCUUUAAUUUUUCAACCAAUAAGUUCUACCAGGAUGGCUGCACCACAGAGUGGAAGAGAGACGAGGGCCGUGUGGUCUGCUCAUGUGACCACCUCACAUACUUUGCUGUGCUGAUGGUGUCUCCCUCCAUCUCUGAAAGCGAUCGGGAGAUCCUAAGCUACAUCACUCUGAUUGGCUGCAGUCUGUCUCUGUUCUUCCUGGUGGUCACAAUCGUUCUGUACGCCACUCAAAGAGGUACAGGCACAGACAUCUCCCUGAAGGUGCAUAUCAACCUGUCUGUGGCCCUGAUCCUCCUCAACCUGCACUUCCUGCCCAGCCAGCAGGUAGCAGCAUUAUCCUCCUCUGGGCCAUGUAUCUAUGUUGCUGUCCUACUGCAUUACUCUCUACUGGCCACCUUCACAUGGACAGCAAUCGAAGGCUUCCACCUUUACCUGUUGCUGGUCCGUGUCUUCAACAUCUAUGUCAGGAGAUACCUGCUCAAACUGAGCCUGGUAGGAUGGGGAUUCCCUGCGGUCAUUGUCAUCGUGAUUGCUAUCAUUGACAAAGACACAUACAGCCGUGUGAGUCUUCAUCCCUCUAAGACCAAUGGCACAGCUGUGGAGAUGUGUUACCUCUCUAAUGAUGUGAUGAAGCUGGUGACCACGGUGGGUCUGUUUGCCCUGGUGUUUGUGUUUAACCUCGGUAUGCUGGCUGUGACUAUGAGGCGCCUCAAGUCUCUGCGCACUGAACAGACGUCAAGGGAGAAGGGUAGGGCCAGGAGGGACACCUGCACUGUGCUGGGCAUCACCUGCCUGCUGGGCAUCACCUGGGGCAUCAUCUUCUUCUCCUUCGGCCAGCUUACCACGCCUGGCCUCUACCUUUUCUGUGUCCUCAACUCUCUACAAGGUUUUUUCAUCUUCCUCUGGUUUUGUGUGUUCAAAUGGAAGACUGAGGACAGCCAACCUGGCAGUGACACUCACUAUACGAAUUCCAGAUCUGCCUGA